UCUCCCUGUUAUAAAACCAAGGCAUAAACUUUACUUUACUUUUAUUUUUAAUGAUGAUUAACGUUGCCGGAAUUUUCUUAAUCAUCGGACUUUCCGUCCUUGCCACCGUGGAAGGACGCAAUGUCUUAAAACUUCCAUCGGAAGGUUCUAGAUUCUUCGAUGAAGCCGAUGAUGAUUCUGUUGGAACAAGAUGGGCCGUACUUCUUGCUGGAUCAAAUGGUUAUUGGAAUUAUAGACAUCAGGCUGAUGUAUGCCACUCGUAUCAGCUGUUGAGAAAAGGUGGUCUCAAAGAUGAAAAUAUUAUUGUGUUCAUGUAUGAUGACAUUGCUUACAAUAAAGAGAACCCAAGACCAGGAGUUAUCAUUAAUAGUCCUGCUGGCGAGGAUGUUUACAAAGGAGUCCCUAAGGAUUACACUGGAAAUCAUGUUACUGUGGACAACUUUUUAGCUGUUCUCCUUGGUAACAAAACUGCUCUUACUGGAGGUAGCGGGAAGGUGGUGGAUAGUGGUCCAAAUGAUCAUAUUUUCAUAUUCUAUAGUGAUCAUGGUGGCCCUGGUGUGCUUGGGAUGCCUACCAAUCCUUAUCUAUAUGCCAGUGAUCUGAUUGAUGCGUUGAAAAAGAAGCAUGCCGCUCGAACAUAUAAAAGCUUGGUACUGUACAUUGAAGCUUGUGAGUCCGGCAGUAUCUUUGAGGGCCUUCUUCCUGAAGGUUUAAAUAUUUAUGCGACAACAGCUUCAAAUGCCGUAGAGAGCAGCUGGGGAACCUAUUGUCCUGGAGAUCAUCCUAGUGCUCCUCCGGAAUAUGAGACCUGCCUGGGUGACUUGUAUGCUGUUUCCUGGAUGGAGGACAGUGAAAUGCACAAUUUGCGGACUGAAAAUUUGAGGCAGCAGUAUCACCUGGUCAAAAAGAGAACUGCUCAUGGAAAUUCUGCUUAUGGUUCCCAUGUCAUGCAAUUUGGUGAUCUACAACUGAGUAUGGAUUCUCUGUUCAUGUAUAUGGGUACAAAUCCUUCAAAUGAUAACUACACUUACGUGGAUGACAAUUCGUUGGGGGCAUCAUCAAAGGCUGUCAACCAGCGUGAUGCAGAUCUGUUGCAUUUCUGGGACAAGUUCCGCAAGGCUCCUGAAGGCUCUGCUCGGAAAGUUGAAGCUCAGAAACAAUUCACUGAAGCUAUGUCACACAGAAUACACCUAGACGAUAGCAUUGCCCUUGUUGGUAAGCUUCUGUUUGGAAUUCAAAAAGGUCCUGAGGUGCUGAAGCGUGUUCGGUCUGCUGGUCAGCCUGUUGUUGAUGACUGGGCAUGCCUUAAAUCCUUCGUACGAAUGUUUGAGACACACUGUGGAUCGUUAUCCCAAUAUGGAAUGAAACACAUGCGCUCCAUUGCCAAUAUCUGCAAUGCUGGAAUUAAGAUGGAGCAGAUGGUGGAAGCAUCAGCACAAGCUUGCCCGAGCAUCCCCUCCAAUACUUGGAGUUCCCUCCGUGGGGGUUUUAGUGCAUAAAUACCAUGGAAUGUGCAGUCUCACACUUUGAUGGUGGUAAUAGUAAAACUACCAUUAUCAGCAUCAAGAUUCAUGUCAUUGUUUGUAAAUUGUGAUUUGAUGCUUGGUACCAGUGAAGUUUACCAUUAUUGGUAUCAAGACUCAUGGUCAUGUUUGUAAAUUGGUGCUCUAUUGGCAUAAUGGCUACUCUGUAAAUAUAAAUGAAAAGCACACUUGUAUCCUCUUUAAUAUAUUUGGGAGCACAUUUCUCAUUGCAAGUAAA